AUGGAGGAGGAUACAGUAAUGAUUUUCGACAUCGGAAAUCCGGAAAGCUGCAAAGCGCUGUGGAAGAGCUGCAUCGAGCACCAUACGUUUUUUCGCCUGAUUGCUCCACCGGCUGCACCACCGAAAUCAAUCUUUAACAUUGGCAGUCGUUUUCGGUACAGAGUUACUGCCGCAACUGUGCAUCAUUUGCUGAAGCAGCAUCUAUAA